AUGACAAAAGUUAACGCGGAUCACCCCACUAACCACGGGUAUUAUCUACCACAUCACGGCGUGAUCAAGGAAUCAAGCGAUACUACUAAACUCUGGGUGGUGUUCGACGGUUCGGCAUCAAGUACCACCGGAGUUUCAUUAAACGAUGCACUGCAUACCGGUCCGAAAUUACAAGAGGAAUUAAUAAACAUAUUAUGGAGAUUCCGGUCGCAUCAAUACGUCCUUACCGGCGACAUCGAGAAAAUGUAUCGGCAAUUCAUCGUACGUCCAGAAGAUCGUAACUAUCAAAAGAUCUUGUUGCGUGCCGAUAACGGCGAGAUCGAGACCUACAGACUCAACACUGUAACGUUAGGUCUAUCCGCAGCUCCGUAUCUAGCCAUUCGGUGCCUUAAGCAAUUGGCAGAGUACGAGGGAUCUCGAUUUCCGAUAGCAGCGCCAAUCCUGCAGCAGGGAUUUCUAUGUCGACGAGCGCUGACUGGAGCCGAUACAAAGGACGAAGCCUUAUCAGUUCGAAAUGAACUCACUGAAUUACUGAGGCAAGCCGGCCUAAAUAUUCGCAAGUGGGCAUCCAACGAUCGGGAUCUACUACGAGGACUGCCUGAGCAAGAUACUCACAAGAAGUUACAUCUCGGUGAAUCAUCCACAUUAAAAACACUUGGUGUCUUUUGGGAUUCAGCUGACGAUUCAAUCCUCUAUUCGGUGAAGACGACCAACGAUACUUCCCGAGUCACAAAACGGUCAAUCAGCUCGGUCAUCGCGCAAAUUUAUGAUCCACUGGGAUUGCUUGCGCUGGUAAUCGUACGAGCAAAAAUGCUAUUACAACAAGUCUGGGCAUUGAAGGUAGACUGGGACGAAUCCCUUCCAACAGACUUGCAUAUUGAAUGGAAUCGAUACCGUGCACAAUUGUCAUUGUUAAAUGAUGCAAAAUUCCUGCGGAAGACCAUCAUAAAAUCCGUCACGAAAAUCGAAUUACACGGCUUCUGUCAUGCUAGCGAGAAGGCAUAUGGGGUUUGCGUCUAUCUUCGAACCAUUGAUCAAGAAAACGAUACUUGGUCUCGACUCCUUACGGCUCGAUCAAAGGUAGCGCCGCUCAAAUCGCUCACCAUACCACGUCCCGAACUGAGCGGAGCACUCAUUUUAGUCUCCUUGAUGUCCUCAAUGCAGAAGGCCCUAACGAUCAAGGUAUCUCGGAUCGUAUAUUGGACUGAUUCUACCAUCGUGCUCCAUUGGAUCAAAUCCUCGCCGCACACCUUAAAAGCAUUUGUGGUGAAUCGAGUGGCCGAGAUACAGACCAAGACCAACAUCGACGACUGGCGUCAUGUGCCUACCGAUGACAACCCAGUGGAUCUCAUCUCCCGAGCUCAAACGCCAAAGGAAUUCCUGCGUUCGUCGAUUUGGAAAAACGAGCCAGAAAAGGUCGAUCUGCCUGGCAACAAACUCUAUCGACCGCACGAUACUCGAGAGAUAUUCUUCCUGGCCAAAAUUAAUGAGAAUCGUCGCCCGUUGUCUUCGAUGGCGAUAUAA